CUGUUGUCAAGUAUUGAAAUCUUUUACUCACAACUGAUAAGCAUCAACUGUGCUUACAUUUACAGGAGAUCAAGGAGUGAUGAUCUCUGAUUACAUUAAAAGGUCUAAAUAGGAUUCCUUACCACACAACCUCUGAUGGAACACUAAGGGCUAUGAACACAUAAAAAAGUACAUUUGGACACUCCUCCAUUUGUACCAGCAUGGAAAUAAGAGAAUGUCAACAAAGGCUUCCCUUCAAAAAUGCAGACAAAGGAGCAGAUGUAUGGUAGGGAGGAAAAUAGAGGGCACAAUUUGGACUUCAGCUCAGCGGAUACUUAUUUUUGAGAAUCAUCUUAUCACCACUGCAGAUAUCAGUGCAUUCAACAAUUUUGAGUUUUGAAGAGAGGAACUUUCCACAAUGAGAGAUAGAUUGGAAGAGCUGCAACAGAGGGCUCAGAAGUUGUCUGAGGCAACAGCCGGCUCUAUUACAACUUUCUCGGUGGAGGGUGAUGAUGAUGAGUCUGUGGAAGUUGGGGGCAUUACACAGCAGGCUGUGGUGUUUGAGGAGGAGCCGAUCAUCCAGAAUUUUCUCUCUGAAGCUCAGCAAAUCAAAGAUGACAUCUCAACACUUGAAACAGAGGUUCUGAAGUUCUGUCAGCAGCAGAAGACCCUGGUGGCAACCAUGCGUCGGUUCAGCGUGAUGAAGAAAGAAAGCAGCAUAACACGCGACAUCAAACUGCAGGCCGAAAGCCUCCACCGUCGUUUAGAUGCCCUUUCAAAACAGGCACAAAGAACUGAGGACCAGCUGGGAACUAAUUCUGUUGCAGUGAGAAUACAACGCUCCCAGCAUGCAGCUCUGCAUCGCAGAUUUCAGCAGGUGAUGCGCCAGUAUAAUGAAGGUCUGCUGACCAAGCAGGAACGCUGUAAGGAUUUCAUUAUGCGGCAGCUGGAGGUAUUGGAAAAGAAUGUUACAGAGGAGGAGGUGAAUGAGAUGGUCGCCACAGGAAAUUGGGAGGUGUUCAACGAGAACUUACUAAAUGAUGUCAGAAUUACACGGUCACAACUGUCUGAAAUCGAGCAGAGACACAGGGAACUGUUGAGCCUGGAGAACAAUAUGAAAGAGCUAAGGGACCUGUUCAUGGAUAUCUUCAUGCUUGUAGAGGAACAAGGGGCUGACAUUAAUCACAUCCAAACCAAUGUUGAGCGGACACAAGAUUACGUAGCUGCAUCUAAUGAGAAGUUCAAGGCGGCUGGAAGGUAUAAGAAGAAGAACCCGAUUCGACAGCUGUGCUGCUGCUGCUGUCCUCCCUGGAGAUGCUGCUUGUAAAACAUGCUAAUAUUUUGUCUUAGUUUGUUCAAACUAACAAUUUACUUUUUAAAAAGUCAUGACUAGCUUGGAAGUCAGCAACACAAGUGACAAUAAAGGGAAGGUAAAGGUAUCUGGGUUGUUGCUGCUGGUGCUAAAAAGAGCAAUGGUGAGGAGAGAUGCAGCAGAGCACAGAAAACAAUUAGAGAGAAGGGCAGGAAUUGUUAUGGGAAGGAACUUGUUUCUUUCAGAAGGAGGUGAAGAGACUGCAAUUGGAAGAGACAGUUCAGUGAGUUCUACUCACCAACACUGUUGUUUAUUGGAAACCUUCACUGUCAUCUGACAGAGGUCACAAACAAGAGGAGGCUACUGACUGCUGGAUCAGCAAAACCAAUAAUCCACCAUUUGUUUUCCUGAAAAACAAAAAAAUCCCUGUGUUUUUUUUUUUUCUCUGCCAAAAGAGUUCUAGGUAAUGGUGACAAGGUUUUUCUUCAAAACAUACACUUUACGAAUUUAUUUUUUAUUUAUUCAGAGCACAAUCUAAAGUUUAUCAUAAUUGGGUGAAUUUUACUUUCAGAAAGGUUUUUGACCAUUCUGUAUACAUUUCAUUUUUUGUAUGCAUGCUGAAAAAAAAACAUUCCAAAGAUGUUUUUUUUCCCCAACUGGCAUCAUUAUGUGUACUGUAGAGGGCUAUUUGCAUUUCAUCAUUUCUUAUGAUUUUUUUUUUCUAAUAACUUAUGCAGUUUUACAGGUGCAGAUGUUCCCUUAGUAUUAAUUCUUGCUAACAAUAUUUCCGGUAUGACAAAAACUUCUAAACAUUGUUAAAGCCAUUUAGUAAAAAUGUAAUGCAACAAUUUAUUUCAGGAAUUAUUAAAAUUUUCUAUUUCUA